UUGCAAUUCCGCUCUCCACCCGUCAGUUGAGGGAUAGAUAGGCAGACUGGCAGACCAUCGGAAGUUUGUGGGAGAUGGGCUGAAAGUCUAACACAUGUAGACCGAACACUGCUACACAGGAGUUUUACAGCUGCUUAUAAGCGUGGUAAUGUUUAGUCUCAGAAAUGCCGUACGUAGAUCGUCAGAAUCGGAUCUGUGGCUUUCUAGACAUAGAAGAAAUAGAGAACAGCGGCAAGUUUUUACGUCGCUACUUCAUUCUGGACACACUGGAGAGCAGCCUGGUGUGGUACAUGGAUAACCCUCAGAAUCUUCCAGAAGGAACAUCCAAUGUCGGCUCCCUCAAACUAACAUAUAUAUCCAAGGUUAGCGAUGCCACCAAAUUGCGUCCAAAGGCAGAAUUCUGCUUCGUCAUCAACGCUGGAAUGAGGAAGUUUUACUUGCAGGCGAAUGAUAAGCAAGAUUUAGUGGAGUGGGUCAGUGCACUCAACAACGCCACCAAAAUCACAGUGCCGAAGUCAGGAGAGCAAGUGGCUCAUAAUACAACAGAAGCUUGUGUGGACACAUCAGGUGCCAUGAAACAAGUGUCCUACAAGACGGAAAUCAUUGCAGGAGUGCCCAUCAUCACCACCACACAGGAAAAGGGCGAGGAUCAGAAUGGUGCAGACAGGAGCGGGCAGAGGAAACCUCCCGGUCAGCUGCCGUAUUACUUGAGCCGGAGUAACCAAGACCAGUCAGUCAUUAAAGCUGGAUAUUGUGUCAAACAGGGAGGUGUGAUGAAAAACUGGAAAAGGAGAUAUUUCAUGCUGGAUGACAAUACACUGAGCUACUUCAAAUCAGACAUGGAGCGGGAGGCGUUGCGAGUUAUUCCUUUGAAGGAAGUCAACAAGGUACAGGAGUGUAAACAAAGUGACUUGAUGAUGAGGGACAAUCUUUUUGAACUGGUUACUACCUCAAGAACUUUUUACAUUCAGUCGGACAGCCCAGAGGAGAUGCACGGCUGGAUCAAGGCUAUCUCUGGGGCCAUAGUGGCCCAACGGGGUCCUGGACGCUCAGCAGCCUCUAUGCGUCAGGCCAGACGGCUCUCAAACCCUUGUAUACAGAGGUAUACUUCCUGCAAUGGUGAAUGCAGCACGAGCCCGCUGAACGAACAUACUCCAACGAACUCUCAACUCCUCGCUCACCCCUCUCCACCGAACUCCAUUACCCAGAAUGCCGUUCCCCAUCGGGCCUUCAGCAUGGUGUGGGAGGGGCCAGACCUGAACAACCUGCGGCCGGGGCCACAUGCACGCCUGUCGCUCCAGGAGUCACCCCAAAUCUUCUUCAAGUAAACGCUGACAACUCAUCGCCAUGGCAACUGAGAAGCAGCUUAAUGCAGCCUCCAGAUUGCCCAAAAGAUGAAGACAUACAAGUUACCCAGGUGUAACAAAGUACUUGGUAUUUUAUACACACAUAUUUUACGAAUUAUUAAUGUCAAAAACAGGACAGGGACUCUUGAAAAUUGUGAAUCGAGCCCAGUGCACCAUGGGAUAUGAUGUUUUCCCUGAUCAUUUUCAAGUCUCUUAAAGAACUGCACUCUAUGAAAUGGGAUCAUAAUCUAGAGAAUUCAUUAAGACUCGAAAGCCGAUUAUUUUUCUGUUACAACCAAUAACCAAUAUUGUGGUUGAUAUUAUGAAUCUAUUGUUUUUAAAUCUAAAAUACCAUGUAAGCAAAGUGAAUUCAGUGAAAUCAGGCAUAAAAACACUCAAUGUACAGUAGAAAGUAUGGACAUUUACUUUUGCAGGAAUAUAUGCUUUAAACUGGAAGAUAUAUUGUUUAAAUA